GCCGGGACGUUACACCAGGCCCUUAGAUGGAGGGUGGGGAUGGGCUGUGGUUAAUGUGGUCUAACACUUGAUUACAGAUGCCGGUACGUUACACCAGGCCCUUAGAUGGAGGGUGGAGAUGGGCUGUGGUUAAUGUGGUCUAACACUUGAUUUCAGAUGCCGGUACGUUACACCAGGCCCGUAGAUGGAGGGUGGGGAUGGGCUGUGGUUAAUGUGGUCUAACACUUGAUUAUUACAGAUGCCGGUACGUUACACCAGGCCCUUAGACGGAGGGUGGGGAUGGGCUGUGGUUAAUGUGGUCUAACACUUGAUUACAGAUGCCGGUACGUUACACCAGGCCCUUAGAUGGAGGGUGGGGAUGGGCUGUGGUUAAUGUGGUCUGACACUUGAUUAUUACAGAUGCCGGUACGUUACACCAGGCCCUUAGAUGGAGGGUGGGGAUGGGCUGUGGUUGGAGCCGUCUUCAUGAUCGGAGCCUGCAGCUUGGGAGUCAUUCGAUCAUUCGGCGUGUUUUUCGAAGAGUUCACGACGCAGUUUGACCAAUCAGCUACAGCCACGUCGUGGGCCAUUUCCGUUUGUCUGGGACUCACUUUUGGAGGAACUCUGCUUGGCGUCAUGUUAAGCGCGACGUUCGGCUUCAGACCGGUGGCGAUGGUGGGCGGAGUCCUGGCGGCGACAGGGUGUAUUCUGGCGUCAUUCUCAACCAGCAUAGUCCAUCUGUACAUCACUGUAGGCGUGUUGGUUGGUUUAGGGUCGUCCCUAGCUAUGUUCCCGAGCUUAAGUCUGGUGGGGAAAUACUUCGAUAAGAAGCGGGCCAUCGCUAACGGUAUCGCCUUCUCGGGUGUCGGCGUGGGUAACAUCGUGUUCCCCCUCAUCUUCACGUACCUGAUAGAGGAGUACGGGUGGAGAGGGUCGUUCCUGAUCGCUGCCGGAGUCAUGCUCAACAUCACAGCUUUCGCGGCCUUGUUGAGACCGAUCCAUCUGGCCAUGCCGCUGAAUGAAUCCGAAUCACUGUCAUCACCAGCAAAUACAGAAGCUAAGACAUUCCAUGCCUACGUUAACGAAGCUUUCUCUUCAGAGCCCAGUGAUAUUCAACUGGACCAACCGGUGGCCUUCAUCCAAAACAAUGUCCAAUUAGAAAAUAUACACGACCUACCACCUAAAUCUGAAACUUUGUCGACAUCACCAGUAGCAAAGGCCAAGGAAAUCCAAGCGUUCACUAACGAAGCUUUCUCUUCAGACAGUGACAUCCAACUGGACCAACCGACGACUCCCAUUGAAAACAAUGACCAACAGGAGAACAUAGACGACCUGCCAACUAAAUCCGAAUCAUUGUCGCCAUCACUAGAAGCAAAGGCCGAGAAAAACCAAGCGUGCACUAACGAAGCUUUCUCUCCAGACCUCUCUGACAUCCAGUUGGACCAACCAAAGGGCGUCAUCCAAAACAAUGAAGAAAGGGGGAAUACAGAAGACCUCCAACUUUCCAAUAAAAAGAGACGGCCAGAUCACCCUUCUAGUCAUGGGCGCACAACGCUAGCUGAAUUCAAGACUUUGCUAACCAAUCCCUCGCUAGUUUGCUUCAUAACUGCUCAGAUGUUGUUCUUGGGAUUCGGUCUGUUCAUUCCCGUCGUUCAUAUCACUCCGCGCGCAAGGCAUCUCGGGAUCGAGCAAUAUCAGUCCGCGUUCCUCGUUUCCAUGAUCUCUAUAGGCGACCUGAUUGGUCGACUGCUGUCGGGAAUUCUUCCGACGAAUAGAAAAUUUCGUCAUCUCCAUUGGUACAUACUUCUCGUGUUAGCAACUGGCAUCUCUUGUCUUUUGUCACCCCUUGCAAAGACUUACCCCGCGUUGGCUGUCUACUGCAUCACUAUAGGACUUCUGGUAGGAGCCGGUCUGACACUCUCAAUGACGCUCCUAGCGGAUCUCGUUGGUCCUACAAGACUUUCCGAUGGAAUGGGGCUGAUGACUUUGCUGAUGAGCGUUUCAAUAAUAGGAGCACCUCCAAUCGCAGGGAAACUUUACGACGCCACUGAAAACUACAACAUGUCGUUCAUCGUGGCCGGAUGCGCGCCCGUCCUAGGGGGACUGAUAGCCGCCAUCUUGUUGUGCCUUGGGGACGAGAACGUUCGCCGAGUGUCCGUUAAUGGAGCCCAGCCUAGCGUCGACAAGUCAGACACGAUGGACGUUUGUGAAAAUUAUGAGAUAACGCGCUUAUAGAAGAUUAUGAGUGUGUUUCUGUUUCCUUUAUCUUUAUUUUACCUCAGGUUCAUCAUCAAUGGUUCAGCAUCAGCAUGUUUACACGUGCUUAGAAUAUGUAAUCAUUCCAAAAUUCGAUAUUACGUGUAAAGUGUUUAACAUUUGUAAUUAUGUAAUAGGUGGGGGGAUAAAAACCUUUCAUUGAUUAUCAAAUGAAAAUCUCGAAUAAAGUUGUUUUCUCUGU